AUGCAACGACGAUACGUUCCUCCGGGAGGUUGGCCACGCCGAUGUGGCUCCGACGGCGACAUCAACCGCCUCAUAAGAGAACGUGAGGAGUGGGAGCGAAACCAAGCGUGGCAGCGCCAGCAGCAGAGAAAAUCCCGCUCGGUCAAGCCGGAGAAAAUCGCCACCAAACCGCCACUGGCCACCAAACCGCCACUGGACAAGAGAUCCAAAUCGAAGAAGUGA